CCGCGCCCCCACCGCGAGGAGCCGGCGCUGCCGCUCAGUCGUCCCCGCGAACUCCUCGGGCCGUGCCUGUCGGCGGAGCCCGCGCGUCAAGAACCCGGGCGAGCGGACGGCAGACAGACGGACGGACGGGUCGGCGGACAGACGGACACGCGCCCCGCCAGCAGACGACAGUGACCGCCCCGAGUGUGUGCCGUGUGUGCGCUCGUGUGUGUGAGCGCGUGUGAGGAGGGAGAAGGGAGCGCGAGAGAGAGACGACGUGCACUAUGAUCAUGGAGUCUGUUAUGGACUUCUCGUCCACCAACAGCAGCAGUAACGCCUCGUCGCCACGCGGCGACACCUCGCCGAGCGUCAAGCAGGCGCAGCCGCCCACGUCGUCGCCGCCCCUCACCCCGCCGCGCGACGCCACGCCGACCAACAACAAUAACAUCAACAAUAACAACAACAAUAACAAUAAUAACAACAUCAACAGCAAGGAGCUGGAGGGUCCCAUGGCGCUGAUCCAGUCGCACGCGCCCCACGGCGGCCCCCACGGCCCCAUGGGUCCCCACGGGCCCCCGCACGGCGCGCCCCACGGACCGCCGCACCCUAUGGCCCCGCCCCACCCCAUGUCCCCUAUGAGGCACCUCGGCCCACCCGGCCUGGGGCUGUUCAACUCGCUCAUGGGAUCGCCGCUCGAGUUCAUGGCGGCGGCGCAGGCCCAGGCGCAGGCCCAGGCCCAACACGGACACCAGGGCCACCCGGGCCACCCGCAGCACCCCGGCGGCCACCCGCACCCCCCGCGCUCCUACAACAGCCCGCCGCCCAUCUCCAGCUCGGACCCCACGGCCAACGAGUGCAAGCUGGUCAACUACCGAGGCCAGAAGGUGGCGGCGUUCAUGAUCAACGGCGAGACCAUGCUGUGCCUGCCGCAGGCCUUCGAGCUCUUCCUCAAGCACCUGGUGGGCGGGCUGCACACCGUGUACACCAAGCUCAAGCGCCUCGACAUCGUGCCGCUCGUCUGCAACGUGGAGCAGGUGCGCAUCCUCCGCGGCCUGGGCGCCAUCCAGCCCGGCGUCAACCGCUGCAAGCUGCUCUCCUGCAAGGACUUCGACUCGCUGUACCGCGACUGCACCACCGCCAGCCGCCCCGGUCGACCCACGAAGCGUGUCUCCAUGGGGUUGGCGCUGCCCGCCAGCCUGCAGGGACACCCGCAGAUCAAGAAGCACCGCCUCGAGAACGGCGACAUGUUCGAGAACGGUCACCUGGGAGGCCCGGACAAGUCCCCUCUGCUGUCCAACGGCUACAACGCGCCGCCGUCGCACCUGCAGGCAAUGCAGCAGCUGUACCAGCACCCGCUACUGUCGCCGGGCCUGCCGCCCGGCAUGCCGCCGCUGCCCGGCGGGCCCGGCCAGCACCAGCACCCCGCGGGCGGCGGCGGCGUGCCCCCGCACCCCGCGCUGCACCCCGCCAUGCCCCCGGGCAAGCCGCCGCCGGGGCUCCCCGGCAUGGAGGCGAUAAGCAAUUGGGAGACCUGUCGCGCGGCCUAUGAGGACAUCGUGAAGCACCUUGAAAGGAUACAGCAGGAGCGCGGCGAGGCGGAGGCGAUAGACAACAGACCCCGGGACUUGACCUCCCAUAACGGUUCCCCCAACGGCCACAGCCCAGUGCUCAACCUGUCCAAGGGCGGCGGCAGUGGCGGCGGCGCUGGCUCGCAGUCGGGGCCGUCCUCUCACGCCGACCACUCGGACAGCGACGCCUGCGCCUCGGACAAGGAUGACGACGACGACGAUGCCAUCUCCAACCCCGAGGACGACGACGAGGCGCAACCGACGGACCUGACGGACGGCCACAGCACCAGGGUGGGCAGCUCGCCGCCAGCCGGGUCGCCGCCGCCGUACGGCACCGGGGCCGGCGCCCUGGGGGCGGCCGCCGUCGGGAGCGCGGCCGUCGACCUGGCCGCCGGGAGCGGGGGCGGCGGUGGCGCGAGCGACGAGGAGGGCGGCGGCAGCAGCGGGGGUGGCAGCGCGGGCGGCGGCGCCGGCACCUGCGCCCUCGGCACCAUCGCCCUGCUCCGCAACAUCCAGCGCCUUCUCAAGGUGGCGGCGGAGAACGCCCGCGCCCAGGAGCAGCAGGUGGACCUGGACAGGGCUGAGCUAAAGAUGGAUGUCGUUCGGGAGCGAGAGUUGAAAGAGAGCCUCGAAAGACAGCUAGUUGACGAGACGCGCACACGAAUGUUGUGGCAGAAGCGCCUGCAAAAGGAGCGCAAGGCGCGCCGGCGCCUCCAGGAGCAGCUGGAGCUAGAGAUGAAGCGGCGCGCUCAGCUGGAGGAGGCGCUGCGGGGCGCGGUGGGCAGCGAUGUUCUUGCGAGGGAACUGGACCCGGACAGGAAGCCAGGGGAGCAGCCCAAGCAAGAACCCCAGCCGCAAGAUUCGACCCAAGUCCACAACAAACAAGGUUCAACAUCCCCUCAACCCAAUCAACCAAAUCAACCCCCUCACCCGAUGCAAGGCCACCAAAUUCAGCUACUCCACCAGCCACAGCAACUUCAGCACAAUCAACAGCAGAAACAUCAACAAACAUCGCCAGUUCCGGAUCGAGAGCGACAAUCACCUGCAAUUCUUGAUACGCGGUCGAAUUUUUACAAAAACUCGGUUCUUUUUGGUGGAGCGUCUUAGUUUCAAUGUUUGGUGUUUUAUUUAGGUUAAUGAAAUUAACUGAUGAUGAACUCAACGUAUUAAAUUAAAACUAUAAAAAUUGAAGAUGAUCCACAUCGACGUUGAAGAUGUUAUGUACUUACUCUGUAUACGGAAAAUGAAUUUGUACUAGAUUACUUCUAGGAGUUUACGUGAUUUCUUCUCCUGACCGUGAUCUCAUGCUAAUAAACCAUGACACUACAAACUUCUUUAUGGCGUCACCCAACUUCUACUUUUGGAGUUAUACAAUGUUGUCUAAACUUUUGUAUUUUUCCCAUUUAUUUUAUUGAUUUGUUCUUCAUUGCCUGAAUACAUAGUUCUAACACAGUACAUGUAAUCGAUCCAUUAAGUUAUAGACGUGUUUCCAUCUCAUAGAUUUCUUAAAAUAGUGGUAUAAUUUUUUACUUGCCCCUCUGUGUACAUGCUUUGUUAUUUAUAGCUGCGUACUUUAAAACAAACGAAAAUAAUACCAAAGCAAAUGAUGAGUAAAUAUGUUCUCCAUUGUUCCACUGUUAGGUUGAGCAUUAAAGAUUUAUUGAUUGGUUCAUUGAAGUAUUAUGCGAAAAAGAUGGACUUCAAGUAAUUUAAUUUUGGAGAUGUCCUAUUUCGAAGUCAUUUCACUUUUCGAGCACUGCCUGAUUAUGUGUUCUGCCGCAUACUGCUGCGAUAACAAAAAGUGCGUUGUGUUAAGAUUAUUGAAAUAGAUUGAGUAGCUUUAACACGCCUAGUUUCAUGAAAGGUUAUUUUUACUGUAAGUAAUUUUUGUGAUAUUCUAUGAGAAUUAUUGUUAUUACUUCACUUAUUAGAAUGUUGUCAUCAUAUAACGUUAUCUCCCCUGUGCAUAUUUAGCUUCCAAAAUGAAACAAUAUGCGUCGAUAAGCAAUUUUAAAGAGAGUGCUGCAGUUACAUUGUUAUUUUGGACGAAGCAUGCUUCAUUACUGUGCAAGGUGUAUCUCGAUUCCUUCAAACUGCUGUACUUUUCAUUCUUUCUUUGCGAUUUCGUUCCUCGGCAAAACGCGAAAAAUAAACUUGGUACAAACGAGUA